AUGAGACGCUGUAUUUUAGUGGCCCUUUUGUUCAACACAACGUUUGCCAUCCAGAUUCGGAAUGCCACUGAUCGAUCCGCUUCCAUUCUCGAUCCAAAAAUGAUCAAUUCGACGGCAGAGCGUGACAUUGCAAUGCAGAAUGUCCCAUUGAUACGGCUUACUAGACAUUUGUUGAAUCCUGAGAGAUAUGACACUCGAGUCCGUCCGAUUACAGACCAUAGGAAGUCGCUGAAGGUUCAUAUCAGCAUCUCGCUGUACCAAAUCAUCGAAGUUGACGAACCAUCACAGAAUAUCAUGCUGAAUGUGUGGAUGAUCCAGCGAUGGAGAGACGAGUACCUCGAUUGGGAUCCGCGCGAAUAUGGCAUGAUCAACGCCACAAUCCUCCCAUUUGAUCAAUUGUGGAUACCAGACACUUAUCUAUAUAAUAGUGUGAAAAUGAGUAGGGAUGAGACUGAGAGAUACAUGAAUAUACAGGUGACUUCAAACUUCUGGAAAGGCGAAAAAGGGGCUGAACUCAAUUUUUUGUAUCCGGCAAUUUACACAAUCACGUGCCGACUGAACGUUAGAUUUUUUCCAUAUGAUCGACAGAAUUGCACUCUUACGAUUUCAAGUUGGACAAACUCGAAGUCGGCUUUGGAUUACUACGCUGAUCCAGAAGUCAGCAUGCAAUCAUUCAUUCCAAAUGAAGAAUGGCAGGUCAAAUCAUUCAAAAUUCAUAGACACGAGUAUAAGUACGCAUGUUGUCCCGAACCGUGGGUUAUUCUUCAAGCAUCUUUGGUCAUCCAGCGAAAACCGCUUUAUUAUCUUGUCAAUCUUAUUAUACCAACAUCAAUUAUCACAAUUGUCGCGAUCACCGGAUUCUUUACGCCAGCUUCCACGGAUGACGAUAGAACGGAGAAAAUUAAUUUGGGUAUUACUACUUUAUUGGCAAUGUCGAUUUUGAUGCUGAUGGUUUCUGACCAAAUGCCGACGACUAGCGAAUUCGUUCCUCUCAUUGCUUGGUUCUACCUUUCAAUUAUCAUAAUUGUCUCGAUUGGAACAUUCCUCACUAGCGUCGUUUUGUCAGUACAAGGUCGUCGGCAGUACGAAAAGAAUCCGCCAUUUAUUAUUCGAUACAUUUUCUUCGUCAUUCUACCGCAUAUUCUACUUCUCAGUGUGCCGCCUGCACUUCAAACCCUUUGGGGCGAACUUGACGAUGACCCGAUGAAUGUCCGCAGAAGGAAGAAGUCAAUGUAUAGAGCGGCGAAUAUUGGCUCGACGAGAACAUGCCCAUCGCCAAUGACAACUCUACGGGUUCCACAAUCAGCUGGAAGCGAAAAGCGUCAGUCAUUCCAAAUGAUUGAUGUGACUUCUCCGAACUCGCCAAAUACUUCGAGAUCGCGUGCUCCGUCGCUUUCUCAAUCGCAAAAAAUGCCAAAUCUUUGGGAUGGAACAAUGUCGGCAUUGGCAGGGAAUAAUGCCCAACUUCGCCGAACGUCGAAUGUGUUCAGCAAAGAAGUCGACGAGAUGCGUCGCAAACGCCAAUGCUCAUUGGAAUGGGAAUUUCUGGCGACCGUUAUCGACAGAUUCCUCCUUAUCAUUUUCGUUUCCGCUGUGAUUAUUGUCACUGCCGGAUUAAUUCUUGUCGGCAGAAUGGCCCAAUACAGCUACGAUCAUCCAGAUGAUCAAUUCUUUGCCGUUUAA